CGCUUCUCAAGCUGCCUUUCUCUUUAGCUCCAACGGCUCAGUUUUCACGGCAGCCUCAUCCAGGAACCACUCGCAGAAUGUCUCGAAAACAGAAACGUGGUGAAACUUCAGCGUGAAACAUUUCUCACUCUUUAUCCUCUCCUAUUUUUGACAUCGUCUGUACGACGUACAGGAAAUACGAAUUGGACGAACGUCGAAUAUGUGACUCGAAGACUAAGUUGCUAUUAAAUCCACCGACUGUCAUCGUGCUUUCAGAAUCGUUCUCGAAGUGCAAUAACAAGACGAUGAUACGCUUCCCGUUAUUAUGGUUGUUUCUGGCCCUGUCCGCGAUGGGUGGAUACGUCCCAUCCGGACCACGGUUCAGGUGUCCCAAGGAACCCAAGUACAUCUUUCCGUGCGUCUGCGUUCGCGGCAGCGACAAGGGUCUCUAUGUUCGCUGCGAGAACACCAAUCUGGCGAGCUUGAGCUUGGCCUUCUCGAAUCUGGGUAACGAGGGUAUGCCCAUCGAGGAACUCGUUCUCUACAAAUGUAACAUAGGACGUUUCUACGGACCGGCACUGUACUCCCUGGACGUUCGAGUGCUAAAGUUUAUAGACACUCCGCUCAGACUGAUCGAAGAGCACAGCUUCUUGGGCGUCAACAGAACGCUGCAAGAACUUUACGUCAUAAACAGUACCUUGGAGGUAUUCCCGCGACAGGCGCUGCAAAUUUUGGGGAAUCUCAGUAUCCUCAGCAUCGCUGGCCAUCGAAUUUCCACUUUGCCGGCGGACAGUUUCACCGAUAGCGCAGCAGCCGCAAAAAUCGAGAAACUCGAAAUUACCAACGGGACUCUUUCGUCCCUGCCCGUGGAGGCGUUAAUGCCUCUGAAGAAAUUGAAGAGACUGGAUCUUCACAAAAACGAGAUCAAAGAGUUGAAGAAGAAUCAAUUUAAAGGUCUGAGAGAUACAGAGUACUUGGAUCUAUCCCACAAUUUGAUCAACAAACUGGAUGGUUCUCACUUGGCUGAUCUCACGAAAAUGGGUUGGUGCAAUUUGUCUCACAAUGCGAUCGCGGAUUUGAAGAGGGGAACAUUCGCGAGAAAUUCUCUGCUGAAGGUACUGAAUCUGAAACACAACAAGAUCAGGAAACUCGACUCCAACACCUUCCGCGGUAUGCGUUUCUUGGCGGGAUUGUAUUUGAGCGACAAUCAGAUCAACGACGUGGGAAGAGGAACCUUCGGACCCAUCACGAGGAUACUCGUCAUCGAUCUCGCCAGGAACUUCAUUAAAAAAAUCGACUUCCAAAUGUUUAAUCAACUUCAGUUCAUAGAGUCGCUGGACGUCUCUGAAAAUUUUGUGACGGUCGUAGAAAAGUUGUCUUUCAAGGAUUUAUAUUUGACAAAAAUCAAUUUGUCGCGCAACGAGAUUUCGAACAUAGAGCCAGGGGCCUUUGAGAACUGCGUGAACAUGACUGUUCUGGAUUUGAGCUACAAUAAACUGUCGAAUAUUUCCAAGUACUCGUUCGACAGUACGACCUAUGCCACGGAACUGCAAUUGAGUUACAACCAAUUCACCUCGCUCAUACAGGUGCCGCUGCACAACAUGACCGGCAUGAAAGUCCUCAACGUGUCCCACAAUUUGAUACAGUCGGUCCCUCGUCAGACGUUCCCGAAAUUGUACGAGCUCCACACGAUCGACCUCUCGUACAACAACCUGUCCGAAAUACACAACGCGGUCUUUCAGACUCUGUUCAGUCUCCGUUAUUUAAACUUGUCGCACAACUCGUUGGAGAAAAUCAAACCCUCCACGUUUGGUCCGUUACCGACGUUGUUGGACUUAGACCUGAGUUACAAUGUAUUGAACGACGUUGCUCGUAGCAGUUUGACCAGAUUACCGAGCUGCAGGAGUCUGACGGUGAGGAACAACCGACUGACGAAGAUCUUUCAGCUACCAAUUUCCUUGGGUUCGUUGGAUUUCUCUGAAAACUUGCUGGAAGAGAUACCUACUAUGGACGUGUGGCCUUCGAUGAACGCUCUGCUUUCUUUGGACCUGUCCGGCAAUCGAUUGGGGGAUAAUCUUCAGCGCGGGAGUUUUGAAAGCCUGUUAACCUUGAGAAGUUUGAACUUGCGGUCGAACAACAUCACCAAGCCACCUUGGGAAGCGCUCAGCACUCUGACCAGCUUGCAGUAUCUCUAUAUGCAGGAUAAUCAAUUGACCGAACUGAGUAAGGCUGCGUUUGGACGUCUUCCGAUAGUGUUUGAAUUGAAUCUGGCUAACAAUCGAAUACGAAACGUGAGCACUCGAGCGUUCGAAGGGUUGUUGCAACUGUUGACGCUGAAUUUGACCAACAACGAACUUGCUCACAUUCCAAACGGAGCAUUCCAAGGUCUCGUGUCGCUGAGGACACUAGAUCUUUCUCAUAACAUGCUGGAAAGAUUGGACAACAAAACUCAUGGGCUGUUGGACGAUUGUCUGUCUCUUGAGAGAGUCAAUCUCAGUCACAAUAAGAUCUCGUUCGUUACGAAGAAGACCUUCCCCAACGAUCCGUGGAUUCCUUACCGAUUACGAGAAAUCGAUCUGUCGUACAACACUAUGCCCGUGUUGACGUAUGAACUCACCGUAGGAGCAAAGAAGGUUCAGCACUUGAACAUCAGUCACAAUAACGUUAACGAGAUCCGAAGAUACGUGAUUGGAAAUCUGACAGCCAUAAAAACGUUGGACCUGUCCUACAACGACAUCAGCGACCUUUCCGAGCCGGAUAUUUUCGACCCGCCUACGAAUCUGACUAAUCUAUACUUGAGUCAUAACCAUUUGUCCCAUGUUCCCCUAAAAAAAAUUGUACCGUUACCGAACCUGAAGAUUCUCGACUUGGAGUUCAACGAGAUCGGCGUCUUCGACGACGUUUUUAUGAAGAUUAUAAAGAACGGCACGAUACUUCGGUAUUCCGGGAAUCCAUUGCACUGCGAUUGCUACGUGCGGCCUCUGAAGAGGUGGCUCAACACCUACACGGAGACACCGAAGGAGUGGAUGAACGUAACGUGCGAGACGCCUAACUUUCUCGCGAGCAAACGAAUAUCCGAAGUCACCGAAGAUUUGAUGAACUGCGGAGACAGGGAGGUCAAGGAGUAUCCGGAAUUCGAUAUAACUCCGGACGUGAAGUAUCGGAACAUCGAGUAUAACGAAGAGGACAAGAGCUGGAAGGCGACGUGGUACGUGACGUCGAGAGAAGACAUCGGUGAUUUCUACGUUGUGGUGCGAGAAACUGGAAACAGCAAGUCGGCCAUCGAAAAGGAUCUCGUUUACAGCGAGAGGUCUUUCAAGAUUCAAGACCUGCAGGAUUCCAGGAGCAAGUACGAGCUGUGCGUUCUCGCGAGGGACUCCGAGGGGAACGUGAAACACUUUCGAAGUUCCCAGUGUCAGAUUUUAACUCAGCACGUGGUCGACUCGUCGACGAGGUUCACGGUGAACGCGUUCCUGAUUCUAAUCGCUGUGUCCUUUGGCAUUCUAGCGUGACGGGAGAAGAAAAGAGCGUCGCGACGUCGUUACUAGUAUUUUUCACGAUUCUUGCCCGAUUAAUGUAAAUAGGAAUGUAGCCGACGUCGCGGCCUGGAUCGUGGUUGUAAAUAGGUUGUGUUUAGCAGCAGGAGAGGACGUUGAACGUCGUGUAUUUAUUUUUGUAAAAUAUACAUUCAACGCUUCCAUUA